AUGGCUGGCAAUACGCUAGCAAUGCGUUCGAUGAUGCAGUGGUCUUCGGUGUCACGCCGUACUGUCUCCACGGCGUCCCAGGCUCUCCGCUCGAAGCCUUUCCAGCUUAGUCCCAGCAUCUCGCGCGUCGCUCGCCGUGGCUACGCUGAUGCCGCUCCCACUCCUUCGCCUGCCCCCAAGCCCACCAAGCGAUUCCGGUUCCUACGCUGGUCCUGGCGGUUGACCUGGCUCUCCGCUCUCGGUCUGACCGGUGCCUUGGCCUAUAGCAUAUACUCUCUGCGUCACCCUGUCGAGCAGCUCGAAGCCGACCCAUCCAAGAAGACCCUUGUUAUUCUCGGAACCGGCUGGGGCGCUGUCUCCCUGCUGAAGAAGCUCGAUACCGAGAACUACAAUGUCGUCGUCGUCUCCCCCCGUAACUACUUCCUGUUCACUCCCCUGCUGCCGUCAUGUACUACCGGUUUGAUCGAGCACCGCUCGAUCAUGGAGCCUAUUCGUAACAUUCUGCGCCAGAAGAAGGCCACCGUCAAGUUCUACGAAGCCGAAGCCACCAAGAUCGACUACGAGAAGCGUGUUGUCUACAUUAGCGAUGACUCUGAGAUCAAGGGUGAUGUUGCCCACACUGAGGUUUCUUUCGAUAUGCUCGUCAUCGGCGUUGGCGCCGAGAGCGCUACUUUUGGUAUUCCUGGUGUUCGCGAGAACUCGUGCUUCCUGAAGGAGGUUAACGACGCCCAGAACAUUCGUAAGCGCCUUAUGGACUGUGUCGAAACCGCUAUGUUCAAGGAUCAGACCGAAGAUGAGGUUAAGCGCCUGCUUCACAUGGUUGUGGUUGGUGGUGGCCCCACUGGUGUCGAAUUUGCCGGUGAAAUCCAGGAUUUCUUCAAUGAGGAUCUCAAGAAGUGGAUUCCUGAGAUUAAGGACAACUUCCACGUUACCCUGGUCGAGGCUCUGCCCAACGUUCUGCCCAUGUUCUCCAAGCAACUGAUUGACUACACCGAAUCAACCUUCAAGGAGGAGGAGAUCACCAUUCGUACCAAGACCAUGGUCAAGAACGUCACCGAGAAGUACAUCCAGGCCGAGGUUACUAACCCCGACGGAACCAAGUCUCUGGAAACUAUCCCCUACGGUCUGCUCGUCUGGGCCACCGGUAACGCUGUGCGUCCCGUUGUGCGUGACCUGAUGAGCCAGAUUCCCGCUCAGAAGGACUCCCGACGUGGUCUUGCCGUCAACGAGUAUCUGGUUGUCAACGGCACCGAGAACAUCUGGGCCGUCGGCGACUGCGCUAUCACCAACUACGCCCCUACCGCUCAGGUUGCUGGCCAGGAGGGUGCCUUCCUGGCUCGCUUGUUCAACACCAUGGCUAAGACCGACGCCAUCGAGAAAAAGCUCCAGACCCUCUCUGAGCAGCAGGCUCAGGCUAAGUCCAACGACGAGCGCAACGCUAUCCUCGAGGAGAUCCGUGAGCGUCAGAAGCAGCUCCGGAGAACCAAGCAGAUUGGUCCCUUCCAGUACUCUCACCAGGGUUCCCUUGCCUACAUUGGUAAGGAGCGUGCCGUCGCCGAUAUCAGCUGGCUGAGCGGCAACAUCGCCAGUGGUGGUACCCUGACCUACCUUUUCUGGCGCAGUGCCUACCUGAGCAUGUGCUUCAGCUCUCGCAACCGUGUUCUGGUCGCCGUUGACUGGAUCAAGGCCCGCCUCUUCGGCCGUGACGUCUCUCGGGAGUAA